UGUUGUCAGCGGCAGUCUGCGUUUGUGUUUCGCCGUCGGUGACCUGUCGGUGACAUUUGCAAACAAUGCUCCUCGGGCUGACUGGAGGGCGGCUGCUGCCGUCUCCUCGGCGCUGCCUCCUGCAUUGUCGCCACAUCAAAUCUGCAGCCACCGCUGCGAGUGGUGUUGGAGACGGCGUGCUCUCUGCAUUUAGGUCCAUAUGUGGCGAGGACGGCGUCUCAUUGGGCGAAGCUGUUAGAGAACAACAUGGCAAAGAUGAGUCUGUACAUAGAUGCCGUCCUCCAGAUGUGGUGGUGUUUCCACGUUGUGUGGAGGAGGUCAGUGCCUUGGCAAAGGUCUGCCACAAGCACCGCCUUCCCAUCAUCCCUUUUGGCACUGGGACUGGCUUGGAGGGAGGGGUUGGAGCUGUGAAGGGGGGGGUGUGCUUCAGCUUAAGGAACAUGGAACAGGUUCUGGAUCUCCACCCAGAGGACUUUGAUGUGACGGUGGAGCCUGGUGUGACUCGGAAGGCUCUUAAUGCAUACCUGCGAGACACAGGCCUCUGGUUUCCUGUUGAUCCUGGAGCUGAUGCAUCUCUGUGUGGUAUGGCUGCCACCAGUGCAUCUGGUACUAAUGCAGUGCGUUAUGGGACUAUGAGGGAAAAUGUUAUGAACCUGGAGGUAGUGUUGGCUGAUGGGAGCAUCGUACACACUGCCGGGAAGGGCCGCCGUCCCAGGAAGACGUCAGCUGGCUAUAACUUGACAAACCUGUUUGUAGGCUCAGAGGGGACCCUGGGGAUCAUCACUAAGACCACAUUACGCCUCUAUGGUAUCCCAGAGGCCAUGGUGUCAGCGGUCUGCUCAUUUCCUUCCGUCCAGGCUGCUGUAGACAGCACAGUGCAGACACUACAAGCCGGAGUGCCCAUCGCUCGCAUCGAUCCAGAGUUUCUGGAUGAUGUGAUGAUUGAUGCGUGCAACAGGUUCAGCUCUCUGUCCUACCCCGUGACCCCAACUCUGUUCCUGGAGUUCCACGGCUCAGAACAAAGCCUCGAGGAGCAGGUCAAAACAGCCGAGGACAUCACUCAGAGUAACGGAGGGUCAGACUUUCAGUGGGCUCGAGAUACGGAAACACGGAAUCGGUUGUGGAAAGCUCGUCAUGACGCUUGGUACGCUGCUCUGGCUCUCAGACCGGGCUGCAAGGCCUACUCUACAGAUGUGUGUGUUCCUCUGUCUCGACUGCCUCAAAUUAUUGUGGAGACAAAGGAGGACCUGAUUGAGAACAGACUUACAGGUCCCAUAGCAGGCCACGUGGGCGAUGGGAAUUUCCACUGUCUGAUGGUGGUGGAUCCAAACAACCCCGAGGAGAUGCACAGAGUCCACCUGUUCACUGAGAGACUGGCUAGGCGAGCCCUGGCCAUGGAUGGUACGUGUACAGGAGAGCACGGAGUGGGUUUAGGAAAAAGGGCGCUGCUGUGCGAGGAGAUGGGACCUGUGGGCAUCCAGGUCAUGCGGAGUCUCAAGGACACCCUCGACCCAAACAGCCUGAUGAAUCCUGGGAAAAUCCUGCAGCGAGAAGAGCCAUGAGCAGCAUGUCCAUCUGAGUGAUUACAUCAUCAGAGUGAAGUUUAUGGAAGCACUUCCUGUUGAAGGAGCACAAGCGGUUUAGAUUUAACAAUCAUAUGAAAUCAUUGAAGAAGUGAUUUACAAAUUCAGUUAAAUCAAGAAAGCUACACAUGUUUUGUUUGAUUUCUCACGAAUGUUCCUACAUGCACCACAAAACCUGACUCCUUGAAAAUGAUGAGUGUUAACAAAAUCCUUUUUGCUAACUACAAAUGUGAGUUUUUAAGGAAGACCUGGUCUGUUGUUGCAGAUUAGCAUGCAUUAUGUAAAGAUUAUCUUCCACAGAUUCUUUCUUUUUGUGUCAUUAAAAUUAAUUUAUCAGAAUGUGGAAUCACUCCAAGUGUUGUUGAACCUGUUUAUUGUUUGCUGAAUACAUUUCAUUGAAACUAGACACUACAGUUUAUUAUGCUUUUGCUUUUGUAAACACUUUAGCUAACUGCCAAUGAGCAUUUUGACACGGGACUCCAUUAUUCUGUUGAUUUGCAUAGGUGUUUAAAGAGUUUCUAGAGUUCAGCGACUAUAUGUUGUAUACUUUAAAUAAAUCACAGUAUCCAAUG